UGCAACAAUUUUUCCGUAUCCAUCCAAAUUGAGCAAUAAACGAACACACUGUAAAAUCCUGAUUGUACCUGCCUCUGACCGUCGCCGCUGUGGGACCUAUCUAUAGAAGGAAAGAGAUGACCCUUGACUCACAAAUUCGCACACACGGUACGAUCUCCAGCAGAUCAUGAACAAUAGCAUGAUCAAAUGUGCCACAAAGUCGCUAGCGUGCGGGUCGAUCUGUGCUCACAGUGAGGUGUUAAAAAACGACAAAGUGCAUGCCGAAAAAUCGAAGUCCAAGCCAGUGAAUUUCGCGUUGAAAUCGGUCAUUGCAUGAAUAGGCACUCUAUUCUGGCCACCCAGUCGUGGGCCACGUGGAUUAAAAAUCCAAGCAAGGCUUACUGCCUCCAAAGGUAAUACAGUGCUUAGUCGUUUCAUGUCAUAGAACUAAUAGACAGAUUUAGCUCUCAUUGCAUGUGGAAGCCGCUGACUACAGUCAAUAUACUCGCCGUUAGAGCCCGAUCCAAGGUUGUAAGAACUCGCCCAAGGCUCGGAUAGGUAACUAAACUCUUGACAUGAUAGCUCCAGAUUCAACAUGGUGGCUUGAUUUUCAGCUCUCCGAUAGCUGCAUGCAAUCCCAGCUUGUUUGACGCCUAAGAAUCUACGGGAAGGCCUUCUACUUCAGGUAAUGACAUGGACUGAUGAUUUUCAGCUUAAGCUAAAAUGUAUCUACCUCAACAGAGGGCCUUUUUUAAUGCACGUCCAACACAGCUACAUUCCGAGUGCGAGGAAGCAAUGCAGUAGCCGCAUGCACUUUCCCAUGCUACGCAGAACGGGGGAACAAGUGUGAUCUGCAACAAGUGUGUGCAAGGCGUGACAACUCCACAGCGUGCGACAUUACAACGUGCAACAACACUCAAUCGUGCGACAUCGUCGGUGCAUUCGUGAGACACUGCUGUGACAACGUCCGUCCGGCGGUAGCGCAGAUAGUUCGAGGCAUUGGCGCUACACUCAGUGGUGCAUCAACGCAACAUUUGCGUAUUACCAGUUCUUCUACGAGUGCAUGGUGCGACAUCAACGAACGUUAGGUUUCUGCAGCGGUUAUACGGGGCCCCCAACGAUGAAGAAUCUAUUGUAAUAGAUAUGCAGGUACACUAGGAAUAAGAUCAAAUCCAGCAUUAUAUAUGUAUAUGCAGCAUACACUACCUUCUUGAGUAUUUUGCUUGAGUAUCGUUUGAGUCUAGUUUGAGUAUCAAACCCUCCCGACCACUAUUCCGGAGGGCACUCGGUGCUGUUGUCUAUAGCUAGCCGGGGCAACCAAGAAGCGGUCGCAAUAAGCCCGCGGGUGCAUUUUUAUAGUUGUACCAUUCUAAGCACUUUAGUAGAUAUAAGCGUUAUUUGUCACAUUGGCGCCCAGACUAAAAAACCCACUUCGCGUUUCGUUACAACUCGCGUAACGGUUCUGUCAAGUGAGUGAUCAGUGAGUGAAGAAGUGCAAUAUCGGUAAUUAGUGAAAGUGAAAUUCAGAAAUGGAUCUGAACCAGCUGACCCCGGAGGAGAUUGAUUUCGAGCUCCUGUUACGAAACACUACGGGAAUUCGAGGAAAGAACUUGGAAUGGAAGAUUUCGCGGCUGCAACAGCUGCUGGACAGUGAGCAGGAUGGAUCACCGGCACCAAGGUAUUCAUCGCAUGUGGUUUCGGACAUGGACAGCAUUUACCACUGCCAAACAACAAUUUCGCCGAUUUUCCACGCUCUCAAUGCAGCUUUUAAGCAGCAAAAUGAAGCGCAGGUGACUUCGUUGCGAUCGAGACUACUGCACUACAAAUUCAGGCUCUCGCUUAUAACCGAAGCCACGAUUUUGGACGAAGCCAAAAAAUCGUUGACAAAGAUUUGCAACGCUCUGCACCAAAUUGACGAGUUCCUGAACGACAAAAACAUAGAACACCAGAGCGACACAAAGGAUCCGGAAGAUCUUCCAAGCGACCCGGAGACACUGAAGCGGCUAAAGAUCGCACAGCUGCAAUCGAGCAUCGACGAGGCAGAUAAGCAGCAAAAGGUGUUACAACAAGAGCUUCAACGAACGAUACAGGAUGGGCAGGUUCCUCAGCGAUCACCAGAUCAGGACAACGUGUUUUCGACGCUGCAGCAACAACAGAACCCGAAUCCAACAAAAUCACAGCAGCAACACGGUUUGACUCAGCAAUAUUCGCAAGAGAUUCUCGAUCCGCUUCAGCAUCCAACACUCUCAGGACAACAUCAACAGCAGCAAACAGAACAAUCACAACAGCGAGGUUUCCAACCAGAGCAGCGCCUACAUUUGUUGCUGAAUCAAAUGCAGUUGCAGCAACAACAACUAGAACAACAGCUGCGGCAGGAGCAGCAGAGGCGGCAGCAGCUGGAAUGGCAGUUACAACACCAACAGCACCAACAAAGCGUGGCAGCAGUGCAACAGCAGGCGAACUAUGCGCCAAACUAUACCUAUGGAUCCAUUUCGGGAUACUGGGGUCCUCAAAACCAGAGAGAGUCUGGAAUAGCCCAGGAACCACAACGAACCGGCCUUACUCCACCGGUAGGAGUUCCGUCCAGACCCAACACACCCAGAACAUCCAAUCAACCGGCCAAUUCUAAUCGAUUCUUACAACCAGUGCACAAAUGGCCUUUUGAAUACGCCGGCGAGAACAACAUAGUAAAGCUGGGAGAGUUCUUAAAUCAAGUAAACACUUACGCGGUCACAGAGGGCAUGGACGAUCAAGCCCUGCUUCGUUCCAUCAAGCAUUUACUGAAGGGUCGGGCUCUUCAGUGGUACACGCGGUCAUACCUCGACCUUACGACAUGGGAGAUCUUUAAGGCUGAAAUCAAACAAGAGUUUCUGCCUCCCAACUACUCCGAGAUUGUAAAACAGGAUCUGUACUUGCGUUUCCAAGGUCCAAACGAACCCUUUACGAACUUCUACAGAGAUCUAGUAGCGGCCUUCGAGAUCAUAGAUCCUCCAAUAACUGAAUCCGAGAAAUUGUUUAUCUUGAAAUCCCACCUGAACUCAGACUUCUCACCAAUCGCUUCAGCAUCCCGCUCUGGCAGCGUGCGAGAAUUAGUAUCAGUUUGCAAGGAUUUUGAAGUCUCACGCUCCUAUGCCAUACGGGGACGUGCUUCUACAGCAGCGCGACCGGAAGUCUCAGCAUUUCAGCGACCAGCACCUAAUCGAAUCGAUCGCAAUCCAGUCAACAACGUGAAUCGCUUCCCCAUGAACAGACAACCGUUUGGGAUAGCGCAAGUCAACAUGAUGGAGCUGAACCAAGACAACGAGGAAGAUCUGGAUUUGGGAAACAUCAGAGAGCGAAAGGCAUUCCAACAGGACAUUGCUCUUCGAAAUGAAUUGGCAAUGAAUGUGGUUGAAGAAGUGAACGCAAUGCGAACACAAAACGACUGGAGAGCAAGGCCAGCGGACAACAUUUUGGAGGUUCCAGUAAGAGAAAGCAGCAACAGAGACUUGGCGACGGCGGUCGUAUGCUGGCAAUGUGAUAAUCCCGGUCACACCUACCUAAGAUGCCCAAAUCCAAAGCGUUUCCUAUUCUGUUAUAGCUGUGGAAAGAAGGGUUGCACCACACGCAAUUGUGAUGCCUGCAUCCUUCGCUGGAGGCAGUUGGAGACACAGAACGCCCUUCAGGUUCCGGGAAACCGAAACUGGGAGAACCCGCAGUAAAGGGUGAGGG